UGAAUCGAUUCACGUACGCAACCACAUCAUCUUGAAGCUGUCAAAACAAGCACACAGAGAGAGCUGUCAAACAUCUACAGACGCAAUCGCAUCAUUGUAAAGGCUUUGUUUUUACUUUUUAUCAAGUUAUAAAUAAAACGAUAUUUUAUACUGCACAACAACUAACCAUUCCUGCGUCCAGAUUGUGUGUAAAGAGUUUCGAGCAUGGCCGCUAAUCCACCGGAAGAAGGGUUCGACCAAGCAGAGUUCGAGGAUGACGAGCUUGGUGAGGUACAGAUCGAAACCUCAUCCGGCCGCAAGCGUCUGUUUAGCAAGGAGUUGCGCUGCAUGAUGUACGGUUUCGGGGACGAUCAGAACCCGUACACGGAAAGCGUCGAUCUGCUGGAAGAUUUGGUGGUCGAAUUCAUCACCGAGAUGACGCACCGAGCGAUGGAAAUAGGACGCACUGGACGCGUACAGGUAGAGGACAUUGUGUUUCUGGUACGCAAAAACUCUCGUAAAUAUGCUCGCGUGAAGGAUCUGCUAACGAUGAACGAAGAGCUGAAACGGGCACGAAAGGCCUUCGACGAGGUGAAGUAUGUCGGUGCGGAAGCAAAAAUUAAGUAGCUGUAAUUGUAGGCACUCCAGUAUGAAGACUGUAUUAACAACGACAAAAUAAAACAAACACAGAUGGCAUGUCCUUAACUUUGUUCUUCUGUGAGCACGGGAA